ACAGGUUGAGUCAUGAAAGUUCAAACAAAUGCAUUUGGAUUCUUCUGUUUUUCAUAGAGGAUUUGAAGAUUUUUUUUCCUUUUUUUUGAGAGGAUGAAGAUUUUUUCCUGAAUGUCCAUACGAACAGGCCCACAAGGAUGGCCCAAUCUUCUUUUCCAUAUCGAAUACGGCCCACAGUCCAUCUCAUCUUUCUCUUUUCUUGUCCGUGCGGGGCCCAUCGCUUCGUCUCCGCGCUCCCCCAUUCGUCGCCGACGACGCCAUGCCCAGCCUCCUCCGACGAGCCGGGGGCAACGACCGCAGCGCAGCUCAGUCGGCGGCUGGAACGAGGGAGAGGCAGCAGCUUAGGGUGCCGGCUCCUCAUCUCCCCCACCUAGGAGGGCGCCAUGGAGUCCGUGGAUCUGAUUGCCGCCUGCCUCGACUCCAUACGCCAGAUUGGAGACGAGAUUGCAGAUGCAGAUGUUGAUUCGGGUAUUGAGGCGUUUCAGUUCAUAGGAGAGUUUCAUCUGCUUCUCGAGCUUGGUUCUCGUGCUAUGUGCAGCUUGGAGAUUGCAUCGCGUGAUGCUCUUUGGCACUCAAGAUUUUCUCAUCCAUUAAGGAAGGUUGUAUUGCUUACAUCCCUCCUUAGUGAUGCACAUUGGUAUAUUCUGCGAUGCCUGGGCAACCAUGGAACUGUUUCACAUUGUACUGUGCUGACAGCUAUUUCUGAGUUUGGCCACUCAGCAAGUCAGCAUACGUUGAUUCUCCACUUGGGGCAGAUGCUUGACAUUACUCGUUCCGGACCAUGAGGAGCUUUCUAAAGAGCAUGAGAAAUCAAACAAAAAUAAAGGCACUAUUAGUUACGCAGGGAGUGAUUUGACCUCAGAGGCUGAUAAAUAUUCUGAAUGGGGUUCUAGAGUCCAUUAUGGAUCAAAUUCUGAAUCCAUCCGGAUGGAAAGGAAUUUUUUUUAUGGCAACUUAGGCCAGUUAGAAGCAAGCGGAAAGAGGCUGUCUGUAACUGUGUCUCACUUUCCAAUAUUUUUUCUCCUAUUUCCUCAAGAGCUUUCGUUCUUCCUUCUGAUGGCAUCAUUGCUGACUCAUGUGUGUCGAAUGGAUUCCCUUGGCCCUGGUCUACCCUCCAUAUCUACUGGUAAAGCUUUUGAAAGUGAUGAGCUUCCUCCCUGAGUCCAUUAUCAGUUCAUAGGAGCGUUUCCUCUGCUUCUCGAGCUCAGUGCUCGUGCUGUGUGCAGCUUGGAGAUUGCAUCGCCUUUGCCUCUUGAUGCUGUGAGAUUCCUUUACUACCUUUCUAUACCUGUUCUUAAGUUGCAGUGAGUGAAAUAUGGUUAAUGUGAGUGCAGAACUGAAUGCUGCAUGUUAGGUCCGUCAGAGCUCAAGCAAGUAAACACGUUUUGGAUACAGAACAAAUGUUCAUCCCUGUACAGUGCUCCAAGGCAUCAUUUCAUUACAACAUACAUCUUGGAUCGGUUGUUCUUGGACAAUUAGUUUCUUGAGAAUCUUGGGGCCACAUUUUUGUCAAUUAUCAUCCCCCAAUACAUGAUGCAAGGAUGCAUCGGACUCUGCAAUUAUUGCUAUGCAAAGAACCGAGAGGCGCACGGACGAUCACACGUGCUGCUGCUAGAAAAAGGAAAGGAAUGAGCUUGCCAUCGAUGCUCAAGGUUCUCCGGCAGAUCUGACAUGAAGGUGUCUCUGUUGCUUCAUCACCCUGCAUAUCUGCUUAAUUGUGCUUAGCAGCUGGUGACCACUGGACUAAGCCAUGUUUUCGUGUGUGUCCUUGCCUGCCUGAUUGGUGUGGUGGUGGUACCGCGCUGGCUGUCCGUGGAAUGGCAGGCAUGCCAGGACCUGAAUGAUUCAUGGUCCUGCAGGGAUGGAUGGAUAG